GACAGGAAACCCUGUGCAGGCGGUGGCGCCGCCAUCUUGGACGAUCCUGAGGAGAACCGUGAGGGAGCCGCCUCGCCGCGGGGCCGAGCCCGCCGACCGUCCCCGGCCCGUCCCGGUGCCCGCCAUCUUCCCCUUGCCGCCUCACGCCCCCUUCGGAAAGCUGCCCAGCCCCCAGCAACCCCUCAGUGCCACAAUGGCAACUGCACCGUACAACUACUCUUACAUCUUCAAGUACAUUAUUAUUGGGGACAUGGGAGUUGGGAAGUCCUGCUUACUUCAUCAAUUUACAGAAAAAAAAUUUAUGGCUGAUUGCCCUCACACAAUUGGUGUCGAAUUUGGUACAAGAAUAAUUGAAGUUAGUGGACAGAAAAUCAAGCUGCAGAUUUGGGAUACAGCAGGACAGGAGCGAUUUAGGGCUGUUACGCGAAGCUACUACAGAGGAGCAGCAGGAGCACUCAUGGUCUACGAUAUUACUAGAAGAAGCACAUAUAACCAUUUAAGCAGUUGGCUGACAGAUGCAAGGAACCUCACCAAUCCAAAUACUGUGAUAAUUCUCAUAGGAAAUAAAGCAGAUUUGGAAGCACAGAGGGACGUAACAUAUGAAGAAGCCAAACAGUUUGCUGAAGAAAAUGGUUUAUUGUUCCUUGAAGCAAGUGCAAAAACGGGAGAGAAUGUGGAGGAUGCCUUCCUGGAGGCCGCCAAGAAGAUCUACCAGAAUAUCCAAGACGGGAGUCUGGAUCUGAAUGCCGCAGAGUCUGGGGUGCAACACAAACCUUCAGCUCCGCAGGGAGGACGCCUGACGAGCGAACCCCAACCGCAGAGAGAAGGCUGCGGCUGCUAGUGACCCCUCUGCCGUAGCCCCGAUUCUGACCUUUCACCUGUCGGAAGCAGUAUUUUUUUGCUGCCCCAUUGUCUUCUGUACACCUUACUGGGUUUCAUUAAAAAAAAAAAAAAAAAAAAAACUCCGCUGAGAAAACAGUUUAACACAAAUACUAAACUGCUAAACAACUUUAGACGGAAUCAGGUUAUCAGAGGCAAGUAGAGUAAUCUCUCCUGCAUGGUAAAUCUCUAGAAGUUUUUUUUUUUUCCUUCCUUGAUUGUCCUUGUGAUAGAUGUCACCAAUACAUGAUUUAAACUGAGCACUGAUGCCGGACUCAUGAUUUUUACACUUUUUUUUGGCAGGGCUUCGUCUCCCUUGUACGGUUUAAUUUGAUGGGCUCUUUAAGCCUUUGUCCCCAUCUAUAACCUCUAAGUAUGUUCAUUGUAACGGAUCAAUUUAUUUGCUGUGAAAUAACUUCUGACGGUAGAAAGGGGGUUCUGUAACUGUAUUUUUUAUUUUUUUGUUGAAGUUCCCUGGCGUGUGGGGUUUUCUUGCUGCAGGGGUAUUCAUCUACUUCUGUCUUAGCCUGUCACAGGGAGAAAAAAAAAAUCUGUUUCCCUUUUUUUUUUUUUCCUUGUGCUCAAGAACUUUACCUUUUUGGGCCAUUUUAUCUUUUACAUUUGUUAAUGGAACGUAAAUAUGUAUAAAAUUGAAGGAAUCGAACUAACAUACUUUCUGUGUAUAUGAUUUUAAUGAAGAAAAUAAAUCGAUUACUGGCAUUAGAGCAGUAUAUAAGGAAAUAUCAGUUUGUACAGGAUGACGUAUCUGUGACCAUGUUAGGCCCAUUUAACACAAGGAAAUGGAAAAUAACUGCAGUUCACUCAGUUAUAUUGGCUUUACUCCUUAGAGCUUCUGUCUUGGGAGCAUCCAUUUGCUGGCAGGGGACAUUAUUCUGGGGAAGAACAUCCCGAUGUAAAAAGAUUAACACUAGCAGCAUUUAAUGAUAAUAUCCUUGUUCCAUCUUUGCACUGUGGUAUAUCUGCUGUCCUAUUAACCCUGUACUUGUGCAAUCAACUGUGCUAACCUGCUUUUCUCUUUCGUAGACACUUUUGCAUUACCGGGCUGCAUUUCCUGCCUUACUGUAUAGAAGAAAAAAGGCUGGGUUUAUUGCACAUUUUAAGCUUUUAUACCUUUAUCUUUUGGAACGGUGGUCAGCUUCUGAAUUGGACAGCCGGAUUAGACGGUCUGUCGUGAAAGGAUUUUUAACUAGUGUUUGUGCAUUUUUAACGCUACAGUGAAAUUAAAAGCCAUUCUCCUCCUUCAGUUAGCACUUUCUGGGGCUAAUAUGUCAUGUUGGCAUAAGUCGUUUUGUAAAAGGGGAAAGCAUUUCAAUAGUGUUCAAAUGCACAUGCAGACGUGAUAAAGUGAACUUGUUUACUGUAUACUAGCUGGUUUGACCGUUCAGAGCAGACUGUGCAUUUCAGAAGAUAAGGGGAUUAUUACCAUGCCAGUCUUGACUUGGAAUACUCUCACCUAUUUCAUUUCUGUGGAUGAAUAGCAUUUAUUCAUGGCCAGAAGGGUGAGGAGCAAGGUGUUGCUUUCAGGAUGAUCAAAUAACCCGAAGCAUAGAAGAAUAACGCACGUAGUCCGGCUGCAGUGUUGAAAAUUCAGAACGGUUUUUUAAACUUCUGUUUACGGGCGCUAAAUGAAAUCCUCUAUCUUUCAGAGUUGUAAGCAGAGAGCGGUACCAGAGUAUAGUCGAUGUUAAAUUAAAAGCCAAAACUGGAAUGUGCAGACACCAGGAUCUGGGUAACUCGUGCACUGUCCCUCGUUUUUUGCCUGGUUAAUUUUUAUUUUAAACAAGAUUCCUGAAGGAGAUUGGUAUAUACUGUUAAAGGAUUAUAGUUGAUCCUGCAUUUUGCUGAAACUUGCACCCCAAGGAGCUUUGCCCAGGGACCAUGUUCUGCUGGUAUAUAUAUAUGUAUAAAAAAAAAACCCCAUUGAGAUACACGGUAGAAAUCACGAUGCAGAGAUUACAGCUGGUUGAAGGUGCAAUACCCUAAUUCCCCAAGUUACAGUGGGCCUUCCGGUUUCUGUGACAGAAGGAUUUGUUUGGACUGCUGUACUCUCCAUUUGAUGUAACUAAAUGCUAUUACUCUAAAUAUUUGUAAAUAAAGUACCUGUAUCUAGAUUAAAUUAUAAUCAGUCGCAUUAUUUUCUGAGCUGACAGGAUUUAGAUCCCAGAGUCAACGUGUUUGCUUGCCGUAGACGUUUUCAGUAGCAUAAAAAAAGGAUAGGACACUUAUUUAUUGUGUAAAGCAACUGUAAUGUGGCGUCUACCGGGAUCACUCCAAGCGGUCCCCUGGUUUUACCCUUUGAAUAGAUCAUACAGUCCUUUUUCAGUGGCAGUUUUGACUUUCUCAUCUCACUUCGGUGUAACAUGAGCACACCGGGCCGGUGGAAUUCUUGGGCUGUUUUUUAACAGAAGGGGCCAAAUUCUGCUUUUGCCUGCAUGUUUGGUUUCCCUAGGAUGAGUUGGAAUAUUCAGAGGCGGAUGGAGUGGAUUUAGUAAUUUCCCUUGCUAGUUUGAUUUCCUGGCACCAACCAGUAAAAACUCAGUUGCAGAGGGAGGUAAAUAUUGCGAUCGCAACUUGCGGGUUCACACUUCAUUAACCUGCCUUUUACUAGGUUGCAGGCUGUUUACUACAGAGGAGGCCCCCGGUCUGUAACUGGUGCUCAGAAUUUAUUUAUGCUGUUAGAUUACAUUCCGGUACAAUGUUCAAGUAAUUUUCAUUGUACAAUAAAGUAAGUACGUGUUCAAUG